UUAAACGUCAAAAUAGUAGAUGUCAAUGUCAUGUCCGUAAAAAUCUUUCAUUUUUAUUUAAAAUUAAUACAAAUAUAAAUUAAACCAAUAUACAAUGAGUUAUGUGAGUGAUUUAUCACAAUCUAACGAAUAUUUAAGCUUUAGAAGCAGCAUUCCAUUGCGGAAAAUAGUCGUUGAUUCUGACGGUUCCAAGGCUUGGCGUAUAUUUGAUAGCGGACCAAAAUCAGUUCGCUGUCCUUUAAUAUGUUUACCACCAGUAUCUGGGACUGCCGACGUGUUUUUUAUGCAAGUGAUGGGUUUGGCCUCGAGAGGUGUUCGCGUUAUUGCGGCCGAACCACCACCGUACUGGAAUAUGAAAGAAUGGAUUGAUGGUUUUAAACGACUCAUUGAUUAUUUGGAGCUAGACAAGGUUCAUAUAUAUGGUGCUUCACUAGGUGGAUUUAUGGCUCAAAAAUUUGCUGAGUUAACAAGAAACUGUCCAAGAGUGGCCUCACUGGUACUAUGUAAUACAUUUACAGAUACUGCAGUUUUUGAAUAUAAUGAUUCGUCAGCACUUUUCUGGUUGCUUCCAUCUUUAGUGCUGAAAAGAAUGUUAAUGGGCAAUUUUACAACAGACAAAGUUGAUAAGAGGAUAGCAGAAUCUAUUGAUUUCAUGGUAGAAAGGCUCGAAUCCCUCAACCAAUCCGAGUUAGCAUCAAGAUUAACGCUCAAUUGCAGUCCCUGCUACAUACAACCUCAACUGUUAAAUGAUAUGCCAAUAACAAUAAUGGAUGUUUGGGACGAAAGUGCGUUGAGUUCACGAGUUAGGGAAGACCUUUACAAAUCAUAUCCGCAAGCUAAACUGGCACAUUUAAAAAGUGGUGGCAAUUUUCCAUAUCUUAGCAGAAGUGAUGAAGUUAAUCUGCACUUACUGAUACAUUUACGUCAAUUCGAUGGCACGGAGUUAUCGUCAUCAUAUUUAAGUCUUGUACCACAAGCGAAGUCUGGCAACAAUUCUGAACAAGCCUCCGUCAGCUAUUUCAAUCAGAGUGAUAAGUUUGUUAAAAUAUCGUGAAACGGCGAAUAUAUCUCUAUUGCCUUUGAAAUAA